UCACUCAUCUUGCCUCUCUCAGUAAACCAGCAAGAGUUGAUAACAUAUUGUCCAUCUCUGCAGCGUAACCAUCAAGCAAUGGGAAUCAAAGUACACGGAACCAAAGUAUCAAUGUGCACCAUGAGGGUUUUGGCAGCACUCUACGAGAAGGGUAUUGAUUUUGAGCUUGUUAACGUCGACAUGGCAACUGGCGAGCAUAAAAAGCCACCUUACCUUUCUCUCAAUCCAUUCGGUCAACUUCCAGCGUUCGAAGAUGGAGAUCUCAAACUCUUCGAAUCAAGGGCAAUAGCUCAAUAUAUUGCAUAUGCUUAUGCGGAUAAGGGGAAUCCACUGGUAGUCCAAGAUGUAAAGAAAAUGGCCAUAGUGACGGUGUGGAUGCAAGUGGAAGCCCUUCAAUUUGAAGCUGCAGCUGCAAGAUUAGCUUGGGAGCUAGCAUAUAAGCCAAUGUUUGGGAUGGAAACAGACGUUGCAGUUGUGGAGGAGCAUGAGGCUAAAUUGGCUAAGGUUCUUGAUAUCUUUGAAUCGCGAUUAACUGAAUCAAAGUACUUGGGAGGGGAUACCUUUACCUUGGCUGAUCUGAACCAUCUUCCAAUCAUAAAGUUAAUAUACAAUACUCGGGCAGGUAAAUUGUUUGAGGCGCGCUCUCAUGUUAAAGCUUGGUGUGAUGAUAUCCAGGCACGACCAGCGUGGCAGAAGGUUAUAUCAUGA